AUGGCCGAAGUUCUACUCUCACAUGGAGCAAAUAUCAAUGAAGAAUGUAAUUAUGGAGAAACCAAUCUUCAUCGUGCAGCACGUGAAAAUGAUAUAAAAACAGUCAAAUUUCUUCUUUCUCAUGGUGCAGAUAUCAAUGCUAAAGAUGCAUUUGGACAAACCGCUCUUCAAAUUGCAAAAUAUCAUCAUCGUAAUGAAAUAGCAGAUGUCCUUAUUUUGCAUGGUGCAAAAUAA